UUCAUUAUAGGUGUCUAAUCGAUAACUUGUUUUUUUCAGCUCCCACUCUGUCCUCAGUCACCUGAACAUUUAGUUGGUCCAUUGGCGGUUAAAACUAAUGUUGUUAGCAUGUCAAAAGCCGCUGGUGAAAAUUUUAAUCUGGAUCCCGGAGGACAUUGGAGCCCUCGUGACUGUGCGGCGAGAUCUCGCGUGAUCAUAAUCAUUCCUUAUCGGGACCGAUUGGCUCAUCUCACCCGGUGGUUACAUCACUAUCAUCCCAUAUUUCAAAGGCAGCUUCUAGAGUACAGGAUCGUUGUAACGGAGCAGUACGGGACAGGAACCUUUAACAAAGGUAGAAUAAUGAAUGCAGCAUUUCUAGAAUGUAGAAAGGCUUUCCAGUUUGACUGCGUUAUCUUCCACGACGUUGACAUGUUAUUGGAGAACGACCGAAAUAUGUACGUGUGUGGAAACGACACCACACCUAAGCACCUCUCCCCUGCUGUGGACAAGUUUCGCUAUAAGAUAGUCUUUGACAAUCUCGUUGGUGGAGUUUUAGUAAUGACAGUUUCACUUUUCGAAGAAGUCAACGGGUACAGCAACGAGUACUGGGGCUGGGGAGGCGAAGAUGACGACAUGUGGGAACGGUUUCUUGAGGUCAAUGCCACUGUGGUACGGCCGCCACUAGCCAUCGGGAGGUAUAAGAUGAUAAAACACAAAAGUCGUGGAAAAGAAGCCAAUUACACCAUAAUAGAUCCUCUACUAAAAACAAGCAGAUCACGAAUGCAUCAUGAUGGACUUAGUAAUUCCUCAUAUAGAAUAGUCUACAAGUCAUCCAAGCCUUUGUAUACACAUUUUAUAUUUGACAUCAACACCGAUAAGUCUUGACACGGCCAUCUUGAUUCUGUCACCGAUUUUAUAAGCGAGAUAUUCCAUCAUCUCGUUACCUAUGAUUGAAUA